CCAAAAAAAUAACACAAGAAGAAGAAGAUGAAGAAGAAGAAGAAGAAGAAGAAGAAGACCACGCCCGCUUCCCAGGACACCAACAGGAAGUUGCCACCAGAAUAUUGACUCUCGUGUUUGACAGAGAGGUGCUUAAUUUUGAAAGAGCCUGUUGUCAUUGGGUUACUGUAACAGAUCCUGCCAUGGGUAUUACUGCCCUUUUUCUACUGAGCGUUCUUGGCUUUGCCAUCACUGCUGAAGCUCAAUCAUGUUCUAAACCCGUCGGUGAAGCCAACAUGAGUUUGAAGGACGAUUUCAUUAUCCAGGACACAUUUGUAAAUGGAGCCGUUGUUUCUUUUGCCUGUAAUCCCGGCUACACAUCUGCUGGAGGAUCUUCUAAGAUCACAUGCAGUGCUGGCGUGUGGAGUCCUGUGCAGCUGAGAUGCGAGAGGAAGAACUGUGGCGCUCUUGAAGAUGUGAAUAAUGGUUAUAUUGAGUAUAGGAACGGGACUGAGUUUGGUGAUACAGCUGUGGUCAUUUGUAACCAAGGUUACAUCCCAGUUGGGCAGUCAGUAGUAAUCAGAUGCUACGUCAAUGGAUGGAUAGGCAGGUUGCCAGUUUGUGAAGCGGUUCAGUGUGUUACACCAGCAGGAAUUGUAAACGGCACAUUUAGUCCAGAAAAGGAGUUCUAUAGUUACAGAGACGUUGUGCGGUACUCCUGCAACAAAGACGUGAUUCUUAAUGGAUCAGGAGAAUUAACUUGCUCCAAAGAUGGGACAUUCCACCCUGCCCCUCCAACCUGUGUCUGGGUUGAAUGUAAAGAUCCUGUGAUUGAAAAUGCUGAAUUUGUUGAAGGCUCCCGGCCUCCACACAGAUACGGGGCUUCAGUGAAAUAUUCCUGUAAACCUGGAUAUGUGAUUGAAGGAACCUCUACUCUGAUGUGCUUGUUAAACAGUCAGUGGUCAUCACCCUUACCAAAAUGCACAAAAGACCGUGGGCCAACUAUGCCUACUACCACUACUCCUACUACGACUACUGCUACUCCUACCCCAGACAACGGGAAUGGGCUUUCACCAGGGAUUAUUGUUCUGAUUGUUAUCAUAAUUUUCUUCAUCAUCAUCAUCACAGUCUUCAUCUAUCGAAAGAAACGCGCUCGGGGAAGCAGUACUGUCAAAGAGGCUGCAAAAGAUGACGAGGAUAUAGCACUCUCGUGAGCAUCACAGCCCUGUUGCUUCAAAACUCCUGCAUGUAAAAGUGUCGUCAGCAGAAGAGGAUUACCCCCAGAAAUCUUGAAACUCCCCCUCUGGAAAUCAGCCUCUGCACUCAGGACCAUUCAAGCAGCUUGUCUGAUUAGCCAAUAGCAAUUUACAGCUUUGACAGGAUGCCCAUGUCCACUUCUUGUUUCCUGUUUUACUUCUCUGGGCAUCAUUAAACUCUGCACUGAUUUGGAAUGUUUGCAUUGGAAGCUGCUUUGUAACACAGGCCAAUUACAGAGAUUAGUGAUUAGUGAAAAAUCUGCUCUCUUAAUACUUUAUUCACUAAACGUUUAUGUAAUAAAAAUACUGCUGCUGAAUUGAACCACUUAGUCUUAAAAAACUGUUUAUAAACUAAACAGUUCUGAGGUUGGUGUCUAACAAAAGGCAUCAUAUAUGCCUGAAUGCAAAACAUGCCAAAUGCUUUACUUUCUGUGUGUUUUUGAAGUUGCCUUAAAUCACCUUUUUGGAAUAUCAUCUCCAUGAUGAUGUUAACCUUUUGUGACCACAUUUUUUUUUUGUUUGUUUGUUUUGCUUUUGAAAAUCGGCUAAUUAGGUUCCAGAUUAAAACAAAAUGUCCAUCAGUGAAAUUGUUUCCCUUCAACACUGCAGCAUUGUUAAUAUAUUUGUUAACCACCUACUGUCCAGAAGAUAAUUUGUUUUAGUAGCAGGACUUGAGUAUCAACUGUGGUCACAUAAUUUUUAUUGAAAGUAAUCUCAAAGAGGUGUGCACUUUGUAUUUAUUAAAAUGACGACAGAUUUCAAAUUUUUUGCAGGCAGCUGUGAAACUAAUUUCUUUAUGUAAUUAAUAUAAAUGAAAACACAAGGUUUUUUUUCUGCAUGAUGGAUAGUCUUUCUUUUUUACAUAGGACCAGGUUGGUUUAGAGAUAAAGGUGUUCUCCAUUUAAUAAAUGAAGUCAUAAAAACAGCUUUCUGUAUGUAUGCAGGCUGUCUUUGUCUCAUAUUUCAAUUAGCUUAAUCUUAAACAUGUAAGGUUUACAUGGAAAAAGUAUGAAAAUAGCAGAAGUGCAGACUGGUUUAUCUUGUGGGCAAUAAAGAGUAAAGUCAAAAGGGUACAUGAGAUUAAUUCUGGUAGAUCUUUAACAGCUGAAGAUAAAAUUCCAGACUUAGUGGAUGAGAAUUCAAAAUAUUAGUUGGUUUUUAAAAAAUGUCAGUAGUGUUAAAUUAGCCCUUUUUUAUUUUUCUAUUAAGGAUUCAAACUUUCUUUUUAACUGGUUUUUGUUACUGGUUUAUCAGGCUUGAAAACAAAAUUAUUUUCUAUCAACCAAAAGACGUACUGUAUGAAUAUGUCAGUUUAGUUAUUUCACAUAUUUUAUGUGAUUCUCCUAUUUUAUGUUGUUCUAUUUGAUGUCUGUAUUAGUAGGCCAACACUACAUCUUUUUUAAGUCAACUUGAAAUAUUUUAUCUCAAUAAAAACAGUUGUACGUGUUCUCACCAACAUGCUGAAAAAUAA